UUCCCCCCCUCCCCUUCUUUUUCCUCCCGCCCCUCCAACCGCCCCCCCCUUCCCGGAUGGGGGAAAAAAAAAGAUGUCAGCUCCUCCGCUGUAGUAUUGCUCCUUAAAAACCCCUCUCUCUGAAAAUGACAUGCCCUCGCAAUGUAACUUCGAACUCAUACGCGGAGCCCUUGGCUGCGCCCGGCGGAGGAGAGCGCUAUAGCCGGAGCGCAGGCAUGUAUAUGCAAUCGGGGAGUGACUUCAACUGCGGGGUGAUGAGGGGCUGCGGGCUCGCGCCCUCGCUCUCCAAGAGGGACGAGGGCGGCAGCCCCAACCUCGCCCUCAACACCUACCCGUCCUACCUCUCGCAGCUGGACUCCUGGGGCGACCCCAAAGCCGCCUACCGCCUGGAACAACCUGUUGGCAGGCCGCUGUCCUCCUGCUCCUACCCACCUAGUGUCAAGGAGGAGAAUGUCUGCUGCAUGUACAGCGCAGAGAAGCGGGCGAAAAGUGGCCCCGAGGCAGCGCUCUACUCCCACCCCCUGCCGGAGUCCUGCCUCGGGGAGCACGAGGUGCCCGUGCCCAGCUACUACCGCGCCAGCCCGAGCUACUCGGCGCUGGACAAGACGCCCCACUGUGCCGGGGCCAACGACUUCGAAGCCCCUUUUGAGCAGCGGGCCAAUCUCAACCCGCGCGCCGAACAUCUGGAAUCGCCUCAGCUCGGGGGCAAAGUGAGUUUUCCUGAGACCCCCAAAUCCGACAGCCAGACUCCCAGCCCCAACGAGAUCAAGACGGAGCAGAGCCUGGCGGGCCCAAAAGGCAGCCCCUCGGAGAGCGAAAAGGACCGGGCCAAGACCGCCGACUCCAGCCCAGACACCUCGGAUAACGAAGCGAAAGAGGAGAUAAAGGCAGAAAACACCACAGGAAAUUGGCUGACAGCAAAGAGCGGAAGGAAGAAGAGGUGCCCCUAUACUAAACACCAGACGCUGGAAUUGGAGAAAGAAUUUCUGUUCAAUAUGUAUUUGACGCGAGAGCGCCGCCUGGAGAUUAGCAAGACCAUUAACCUUACAGACAGACAAGUCAAAAUCUGGUUUCAAAAUCGCAGAAUGAAACUCAAGAAAAUGAACCGAGAGAAUCGGAUCCGGGAACUGACCUCCAAUUUUAAUUUCACCUGAGCGCGCGGCCUCCCCUCCCCCCUCCUUUCCCCGCCCCUCCUCCCUUUGUGCCUGGUGAUAUUUUUUUUUUUUCCUCCCUGAGUAUAAAUGCAACGCGCCUGCAAAAAAGGCAAAGACCUCAGACUCUCCUUCCAAGGGACCUAUGGUUCGUGCUGCAAGGAUGCUUCCAUCUAAAGCAUGAGAAAUGGGGUGGCGGGCUGUGGGGUGUGGUGUGAGCCCUCCUAGAUGGGGUGGGAGUGUGGCUGGUGUGUGUGUCAACCCCUCACUUACCCACGCACUCACACAGAGCAUUCUGUUCUCCAUGUAAAGUUAAGAUCGAAUCCACCCGAUUGUAGGGAAAAAAGACAAAAACGCAACCAGAGAGGGUCUGUAAUCUCGCAGAGCACAGUCAGAAUCGCUCUUUCCUUGCUGCAUUUCCUCCUUAGAAUAAUAGACGUUUUGGAAAGUUCAGCUAGUAUUUGUGUGUUUGUCGUAGCCUCCCGUGUCUCCACCAGACCCCUUUCCGUGUCUUUACCUUCCAGUCGCUCUGAGAAUCUGCUUGAAGUCUUGUAUUUGUACUGCUUUCCGCUUUUCUCCCACCCCUCCCAGCACCCCCAGAUCCCCCAUCCACUAACAGCUCAGAAAUUCCAUCCAGAGGAACAAAAAAUUAAAAAUAGAACAUAGCAAAGCAAAGACAGAACAACCCCCCAAAACUGCCCUGUCCCUUGUCUGGGAGUUGUGUUAUUUAAAGAUAUUCUGUAUGUUGUAUCUUUUGCAUGUAGCUUCCUUAAUGGAGAAAAAAAAAAUCCUAAUAAAUUUCCGGAAUCGUAAUCCUCAAA